AUGUUUACGACGCUCAAGACAUUGGUCAUAGUGUAUCUGCUCGGCGGUGUUACAUUCAUCCCGCUCUGCGUUGUCGCAUGGUUCCUAUACGGACAGCUCGCAGAGCAUAAGGAGGAUGACGAUGAUGAAAGAGAGCCCACCACUAGAGUGCUGUUCCAAGGUAUAGACCCGGACUUUAAAGCUGGUGCUGUCGAAGAGGAUAAGGGCGUCAAAGUGUCGAAAGAGGGGUGGAUGUACGUGACGAACCAGUACUACUACCACUCGACGGAAAUCGCGGCAAUGAAGGAUCCGUCGAACACGUCAAACGUCAAAAGCUCACUGAAGGACGUUACGGGGUCACUCAGUCUACCCCUGCGGUCACAGCUGCGUAAGAAACAACGGUUCUACGUCUUUUUGAAGCACUCAAAUCUGUUUCUUUACAAGGAUGACGAGUCCGCCCCAAAAGGUUUGGAGUACGCCAUCCCAUUGAAGGACUGUUUCGUGACACUCUGGCCCCGUGAUCUCGAGAAGGAGCUCUCCGAUGGUUCUCUGUUUACCUCAAGGGUAUGCAUUGCGUUGUUCAAGAAGGACGCCGUAACAUUUGACACGGAUACGUACUCACUACGGUUUACACAGGACCAAUUGGGUAGUCAGGACACCUUUGCGGAUAAUGGAACAAGCACCAGCAGCGACGCAGAUCAACGUGGGCUGGUAGUCAAGGGGGCUUCACAGUUCUUUCUGUACAUUGACAACACAAUGGACAAAGAGGACUGGUACUUCCAAUUGAUUAACGCCUGCAAAAUCAGUAACGUUGCAAACGUGUCCCAUGGGUACAAGCAGAGUAUUAUGGAUCCACAGGUAUCCGCGCAGACGGCCCACCUGAAUACCCCUGAUCUCCUAUAUUUGAUCCAAGCGUUGAACUCCACGGAAGACCAGUUGCAGACAAAAUGGCUGAACGCACUUUUGGGGAGGUUGUUUCUCUCGUUACAGCAGACAGAUACACUCAACAGGUACAUCCUCGAGAAAAUAUCAAAGAAAUUGCGAAAGAUCAACAGGCCAGGGUUCCUGGACGAUUUCAUCAUUCAGAAAGUCGACGUAGGGCAUAGUGCCCCAUUGAUAACGAACCCAAGGUUGAAGGAGUUAUCCCCAGAUGGGUUACUGAAAGUUGGUUUCGAUAUACAGUAUCACGGAGGUCUGUCUCUUAUAAUCACGACAAAGGCGAACAUCAAUCUAGGUUCGCACUUUAAGCCUAGGGAGGUCUCCCUGAAACUGUCGAUCACAGUGAAGGAGCUUUCUGGUCCGUUGGUUCUACUUUUAAAACCCCCACCAUCAAACAGAAUAUGGUAUUCGUUUGAAACUGAACCCGCACUAGAUCUGGAAGUGGUCCCGGUCGUCAGCUCUAGCAAGUUAUCCUAUAACGUUGUCACGAAUGCUAUCAAGAGCAAGUUCUUGGAGUCCUUCAAGGAUUCUCUGGUGGUACCAUUCUAUGAUGAUAUUGUCGUGUACGACACCAUGGGGGAGAUCUACAGAGGUGGAAUUUGGGAUAAAAAAGUGGACGUAAACUCUGACAUUUUUGGAGGACCUGAAAAUCCAGAACCGACUCAGCCCAACCAACCUGUCCAACCCGCUCAGUCCACUGAUACGAGGCGUUUGAGUGUGAAGUCUGUGAAAAGAGUUUCCUCUAAGUUAUCGUUCAAGAAAACUUUGAGAUCAAAUAGCGAUAACAAAGCCCCAGAAAGUGGUGCAGAAGUCGAAACAACCAAUAUGGAUGAUGCUGAUGUAGCACUUUCAAUCCCUAGAAACAGUAUAGUCUCACUACCGAACUCAAAGCACAGCAUACAGGAUUCGGUCAUUGACGACGACUCUUCGAACGACUUAGAGGACAUUGAAGACAGCAAUUCCAGUAACCAGGUGACGUCAAAGAGUAAGAAAUACCUGAAGAAAGGGCUGAAUAAGAUCAACAAAUGGUACAAAGAUAACGUCGGGAAUGAUGGUCUAGACGGGAAUGAUGGUCUAAAUGAGUAUGAUCUUGAUAGUGAAGAACAGCAACAGCGGGAAGCAAAUGUUGCUGAAAAAGGCGGCCUAGUGCCACCUGCCCCAUUGGUUCCAGCAAAGCCAGUCAUGAUAUCCAAUAGAAGGAAAGCACAUACAAAGCAUGCCAACGAUCCUCUUUUACUUGCGAGCGUUCCUGGGAGGCCUGUCCCGCCAGUUUCCGAGCACACUGAUAAUAUGAGUGAUAAAGACAAAGUAGCAGUCAACGAGUCUUCAAAAUUGCUCGCGUCAGAGAUGUUCGUUAGUAAAUCUGUAGCAUCGCCAACUCAAGCCAACGCCGUCGCGUCGAGUCCAAUUAUCCCACAGUCACAAUUUGCACAGGACCUCUAA